AUGCCUUUAAGCAACAAUGUAAUCGGCUGCAUAAACUUCAUCUCCGUCCUCCUCUCAGUUCCGGUCAUCGGCGCCGGAAUUUGGUUAGCCGUAGGAACCGUGGACUCCUGCGUCAAGGUUCUUCAAUGGCCAGUAAUAAUCCUCGGAAUCUUCAUCCUUCUCGUGGGUCUUGCUGGUUUCAUCGGAGGGUUUUGGAGAAUCACAUGGCUUCUCGUCGUUUACUUAAUCUUCAUGCUUUUUCUCAUCAUACUUUUAGGUGCUCUUGUCGGAUUUAUUUACAUGGUUACAAUUAGAGGCGCUGGUCAUCCAGAGCCAAGCAGAGCUUAUCUUGAGUAUAGUCUUCAAGAUUACUCUGGUUUCUUACGUCAAAGAGUUCAGAGAUCUUAUAAAUGGGAUAGGAUUCGAACUUGUUUGAGUACUACUUCUAUUUGCCCUGAACUAAACCAGAGAUUCACUCAGGCUCUUGAUUUCUUCAAUGCUCCUCUUAGCCCCAUUCAAUCUGGUUGCUGCAAGCCCCCAACAAAAUGUGGCUUCACGUUCGUGAACCCUACUUACUGGAUAAGUCCCAUAGAUAUGUCAGCAGAUAUGGAUUGUCUACAAUGGAGCAACGAACAAAACACUUUGUGCUACAGUUGCGAUUCUUGCAAAGCCGGUUUGCUCGCAAAUCUGAAGGUGGAUUGGUUAAAAGCUGAUAUCUUUCUCCUUUUGGCACUGAUCGGGUUGAUAAUCGUUUAUAUAAUUGGCUGCUGCGCUUUCCGGAAUGCGAAAACUGAGGAUAUUUUCAGAAAGUAUAGGCAGGGUUAUACUUGA